AUGGUGUCUUCUACGGCAGUCACUACGAAGGUGACCUCUGGGUCCCCCUACCAACUCGACGACAACCAGGUCACCAGAGCUUCUACGGCCCUCCUCCGGCACAUCAAAACGAAACAGGACGAGAAGGAAAAGACAGCGACCAAGAAGACCCUCAUUGGAGACAACGAUGACGACUCCGACGACGAUGCGCCCCUCCACAAUGAAGCCGUCUGGCUCGUGCUCACCACCAAGAAGCACGUCGUGGACAAGAACCGCCUGAAGCCUGGGAAGAUCAGCAUCCCCCACUCGCUCAAUUCCUCUCCGUCGCUCAGCAUCUGCCUCAUCACCGCCGACCCCCAGCGCUCGGUGAAGAACAUUGUCGCCGACCCCUCCUUCCCCAAACAUUUGUCCUCCCGCAUCGACCGUGUGAUCGGUUACUCGAAACUGAAGGCGAGAUACCAGAGCUUUGAGACUCGCCGACAGCUCCUGGCCGAGCACGAUGUGUUCCUGGCUGACGAUCGCAUCAUCAUGCGUUUGGUCAACACCCUGGGCAAAGUGUUCUACAAGUCGAGCAAGCGACCGAUCCCGAUUCGCAUCGCGGAAAUCGAAAAGGUGGAUGGCAAGAAGGUGAAAAAGGACCCCAAGACGAAGUCCAAGGACGAUGAUAGCGCGUUCGCCUCCCCUGCCAUCGUCGCCAAGGAGAUCGAGAAGGCCUUGGGCUGUGCGCCGGUGCAGCUGGCCCCCGCAACCACCGCGGCGAUCCGCGUUGGCUCGGCCAAGUUCACGCCUCAACAGCUUGCGGAGAACGUGGAGGCCGUUGUCAAGGGUCUCACAGACAAGUUCAUUACGAAGGGAUGGAGGAAUAUCAAGGCUCUCCACAUCAAGGGAGCCAACACCAUGGCCAUGCCCAUCUGGUUGGCCAGUGAAUUGUGGGUGGAGGAUGCUGAUGUGGUCGAGGAAGACACCAAGGCCCUUGAGGAUGGAAAGGGCAACAAGAAGCGCAAGCAGGUCGCCGACGAAGAGAAGCCGCUGAUCGAGGGCAACAAGAAGACUAAGAAGGCCAAGGCGACUGAGGACGACGAGGAUGUCGCGGCCAGAAAAGAGAAGCUGGAGAAGCAGAAGGCCAAGGCGCUGGAAGACGGAGCGGAACCCGCCAGCAAACAAGGCGCCGGCAAGAAGAAGAGAAAGUCGACUUCAUAA